AUGAAGACGAUUAUUUAUUUGCUUGUGUUAACUAGUUCGCUAGUUAGUGGUCAAAAUUGUAAAACAGAAGGAUGUUCUGACAAUCUUUGCUGUUCGGAAUUUGGCUAUUGUGGAAAUACGCCAGAGCACUGCAAGAAUGCCACAACAUCACCGCCGAAUAAUCAACCAACGAUAAGCUCUGGUGAUUGUCGAGUUUGUGGUUGUUCUGCACUUGGCGACUGUUGUUCUCCAUUUGGAUUCUGUGGAACUACAGCAGCGCACUGUUCGAAUCAAACCAUUGAGACCCCUGAAUCAGCACUGAUCGCGCAAACUCCAAAGGGUGACUGUAGAAUAUGUAACAAUUGUAAUCAAACACAAAUCUGUUGCAAUAAUACUGGAUCUUGUGUUAAUGAACAAAGGCAAUGUACUGAAAGUGUUUCAACGCCUGCUCCUCCUACUACAAAUAAGUGCCAUCCAGAUCCAUCUAAACUUUAUGGAAUACUUCACAGUGUUAACAAUAAAUUUAUCGAUUGUAAAGAAUUUUCAACUAGUCUCAAUAACACUGCAAUCGUUCAGUGGUCGGAAAGUAAUACACUCAAUCAACUAUGGCAAUUUGUUCCUGUCAACCCAGCAGCCAACAUUUAUUUGAUUGUUUCAAUUCAAACUGGUAAAGCACUAACAGUGAUAUCGUCCAGUAGUCUUCAACAAUGGUCCUAUGAAACAGACAAUGCAAAUCAACUAUUUCAAAUCCAACAGGAAAAUAAUGGAAAUGAUCAGUGUCGAAUUGUCAGUAUGCAGACAAACACAUCGAUUACAGUUGAUUCAAACGCGAAUGGACGACCAAUUCAAAUUGGUAAACAACAACAAAGCACGAGUGAUUUCACAUGGAAAUUAAUCGAAACAGCAAAUGCAACAAAUCGCUAUUGGAAAGUGUAUAUUGAUGAAAAUCUUCAUCAGAUUUGCGAUGAUAAAAACAGUGUAAAAUCGACAGAAAAAUUAACAUUACAGAGAUGUUUAUAUUGGUGUGACAUUGAACAACGAAAAAGAUUUUGUAUGUGGAAUUAUAAUGACAACGAUGGUCAAACAGGUUUUUGCAUUGGAGCAAACGACUGUCAAAAUAGAUCGACUGUCGUAGCGGGAAAUGAAGCAUAUCGAACUUAUAUCGAACGACCGGAAAUGGAUGUUUUCUCCACCGAUGAUGAUGGAGAUGAUGUGCCAAUUUUUCAAACUGCUCCGUUUACGAGUUAUAUUGACUAUACGAAAUUUCUUCUCAUUUCAGCAAAUGGUUUUGCCAUACCAUCUCAACCAUUGCGUUGCGUUGAUCUAGAUCCUCAAAAACAACGAGUACUAGUUUUCAAUGAAACAAACGAAGGAAUACGAUUUUGUGAUCUAUGUCCCAAUCUUCCACCAUAUCAUAAAUAUCCCGAUUAUAUUAUCAGAGGAAAUCCAUUAACAACGACCGAAAACGCACGAUUCGAUCAAUGUUUUCUCCAAUGUGUUCAAGAUGUUCGAUGUAUUGGCUAUUCAUACAAUCAACAGAAUUCUACAUGUCUAACGUUCAGCCAAACGGCCAUUAGGGGAACAAAUGGACUAGUCUAUCAGCAAUACUGGCAAACUAUUCUCAUCAAACAACCGAUUGGAACAAUACAGAAUUGGCUGUAUACAAGAAAUAUGAAAAUAGCAAUUCGAUUCGUCGAUGAUAAUAAUCGAACCGAGUCUUCUGACACAUUCUUAAAAUGUUUAAAUUCAUGUAGUCAUUCUCAAAUGCCUUGCAUAGCAGUGACUUACGAUUUCGCUUCGAAACUCUGCUAUUUGUUUGCAAAUAUUACUACAGACAAUUGGAUACAGUUGUCUUACGGUUUUGUAUCAGCCUUUCAUUUUUCACACAUCUAUGGAAAUACAUCGAGUCAAUGGAAAUACACAUCCGAAGAUGGAAACAACGGCUUGAUUGCCAAUGCCAAUCCUUCGGCAACAAACUCAAGCAAAUCAUGUAACUUACCAAAUGAUAAACCAUCAACUGAAUAUGGAAUUUAUUAUAAUCCAAGUUGUUUAGUCGGUGGUGGCAAUGGUUGUGAUCAGAAUGGCUGUCAAUUAUGUUUACAAUACAAAGCGAAUUUCGAACAAAAUCUUCCAUUAUGUCCUGCAGUACAAUCGAGUCCUGAUGAUCUCGCCAAUGCUCGACUUCAGAUCGAAAGUUGCAUACAAACUUGUUCGAAUCAAUCCAAUACAUGUUUAGGAUUUGAUUAUGAUCCAUUAACCGUGACAUGUGCUUAUAUUUCCACAUAUUCAAAAUGGACAACGAAUAAAAACAAUCAAACGAAACGAUAUUUACUCUCUUACCCAUCGAAAGCAUUUCAAUUUCUUCCUGAUUGUGAACUGAUUUCAACUACAGUUUCAAAAUCAGCGACGAUAGAUGACUGUUUAAAUACUUGCAAGACUGGAUGUCAAAAGGUUUCUUAUAACUAUCAAACAUCUCAAUGUAAAACCGGUGGAUAUUCAACAGGAACGUUUCGAUUAAAGCCCGACGUCGAUUCUCAUUGCUUUAUACGAAAUUUCAACGAAAAUAAUGAUCUAACAUCCAUACGUAUGGCAUUUUAUCGUUACAUUGGUGUUGAAUUAAAGAUACAAGUGCUCGCCGAGUCAUCGUUUCAAUGUCAACAGGAUUGUGCCAACGAGCUGGAUCAAUGUUUAGGCACUUGUCUAGCAGCUGAUCAAUGUCAAUACAUAUCAGUUACGUUUACAAAAAGCAAUGCAUUUCAAUGUAAACUAUUUAAAAAUAAUGUCAAUGAAACAGUCGAUUUUCACCCAAAUAACUCCUCGGAAAUCUACUAUCGAUAUUUUGAUAUUCGACUAAAUCAAACCACACUUGAUUCUAUGCCAGUAUUUCAAGUUGAUUCAGAUUUAGCCGAAUGUUAUGAUCAAACAAGAACCUACAAUAAAUACGAACAAACAUAUUCAUCUUUAGAAGGCUACUCCGAUUCAUUAGAAAUUUCAAGCAAUGGUACAGGACAAAAUCAGGCUAGUUUAACAAGAAAACGUCGGCGACGAUCGAUAUUUUCUGAUAUUGGGAACUUUUUCAAGAAGAAUAUCAUCGAUCCUGUUGUCAAUACUGUCACAGAUAUCGUCAAAACUCCCAUUCAGAUCGGAAAAGCUAUUGGUGCCGCAAUAUCUGGUGAUACCGAACAAGCGAAAAAAGAAAUUCUCGAUAUCGGAAUUGUGAAAGAUGCAAUUAGUUUAGGAGAAAAUGCAGUUAAUUUCGGCAAAGCAUUAGGAAAAGGUGAUCUGGCAGGUGCUGGGGAAGCUUUGUUGAAUGUUGGAGCUGAUGCAUUAAGUUUUGUGCCUAUUCCUGGAGGAAAAGUUCUUGGAAGUAUUGGAAAGAAUGGAAUUAAGAACGGUUUAAAAAAUACAAAGAAAGACUCCAAGCCGACGUCGAAUGAUAGAAGAGAUGAUGAUAAUAAAAAUUCGAAAGACGAAAAUGAUAGACAAUGUGAACUCUCGCGUCGAAGAAGAGACACUGGCAAACGUAAAUGUGAUCAAAAUGAUAAGGACGACAAUAAUCAACAGAAUAACAAUCCGAAAUGUCGAGAACCAAAGAUAAACAAAAUAUUGAGUAAGGGCGAUUGCAAUAUGAGAUCAGUUGGAAAGAAAUGUGAGUGGGUAUGCAAUCAAGGUUAUAUUGAGUCGCAGGCAAGCGGUGUCACUUGUACGCGGCCAAAACCUAAUAGUAAAACAGCUGACUGGGAACCUAAACCAUCAUGUUCGCCUCAAGACUGUGGCACAGGAGAUCAUCCAUAUAUAUCGGUUGAAACAGAUGGAAUCAUUGCCUAUACAAUAUACUUUGACAAAAAACGACGAUUACCUAUAUGGUCAUUCUCUAUUCAUGAUACACACAACCGUGUAACAGCUGCAACAAAAGUGGGUCGAACUAAAAGUUUUUUCGUUCAUCCAUGUUCACAAUUAAAAAAAGAUCAACCCAAAACAGGACAAUAUACAAACUCUGGCUACGAUCGUGGUCAUCUGAGUCCAUCUGAUGCUCAUCGAUACUCAGAGAAAGCAUCGAGAUCUUCGAAUUUCAUGAUUAACAUAGCACCGCAAGAUCCUAUUACCAAUGAAGUUUUAUGGGCAAAAAUCGAAGCACAUAUAUUGUGUCACAAUAAUAAAUAUAAAGCAAGUUUAGUUGUAACUGGUGUUUGUCCUGGAACAAUUAAAAAAACGUUACCAACUGGUGGCUUAGAUGUUCCAGAUUGUUUUUGGAAAAUGAUUUGUUAUAUUCGCGACGGCAAAACUCAUGUGGUCGGUUUUCUUUCAGAAAAUACACACAUUCCUUCGACAGAUUCCAAAGAAUAUAAUGACACAAUAAAUGUGUUGUUUCGGCCUGUUUCUCAAGCGACUAUUCUCGGACGUAUGAAAUCGGAUUCGAAUUACGCGAAAAGUCCAUUCCAGGCAACUGUCAUGUCAAAAUCGAAUAAAGGUCGUGGAGCAAUCCUCGUGCAGCCAACCUUAUGUGCACAAGCAUUGACAUUGGAUCAAACUGAAUCGGAUGCUUGGUACAAUGAUCUUGUAGCAAUAAAAAAGGAUUCGAAAACUAAGAGACAAGUGGGUGAUAUUAUGAGUGCUCGAGGAUGUUCACCAUCAGAAGCUCAAGCUAUGGCAUUAUUCAUGGGUCUAAGCUCGCUUGAUAUCACUGACACAGCAAAUACUUUACAAAAUGAAAAUAAUGUCGACGAUAGCGACUUGGGAGACAUCGAUGAUGAUGGUGACGGCACGGAUGGCCGUCCGGAGGCAGUCAAUUGUGGUAAACGAGUCAUCGGUUAUUAUCCAAGUUGGGGAACAGGAAAAAUCUCAGGAAAACAUAUCCGCCGUUUGACACAUAUUGUCUAUGCAUUCUUCGAAGUUGAUAGUAGUGGACAAGUGUUUCUUGGCAGUGCAGACCGUACGCAUAGUCAAGACGUAUCAAAAGAUACGCAAGUUGCCAAAGCACGCUUGGAUCAUUUAUUAAAAUUGAAACGAAUCUAUUCUGAACAGAAGUAUAUGUUUGCUGUCGGCGGCUGGGAGAAUUCUCAAUAUUUUAGUUCAAUUGCUCAAUCUCCUGAUAAACGCCUUCGAUUCAUAGCAUCAUCGUUGAAAUUACUCGAUGAAUAUGAUCUUGAUGGUAUUGAUAUUGAUUGGGAACAUCCGGUUACGGGCGGAGCUGUCGAAGGUAUCAAAGAAGAUAAAGAAAAUUAUGUUCUAUUCAUGAAAGAGAUUCGCCAAGCAUUAGAUCAACAUGGUGGCAGCGAAAGAAAAUACCUUUUAUCGUUCGCAUCAGCUGCAGGACAAUGGACACUUGAUCCAGGCUAUGAUCUUCCUGAAUUAUUAAAAUAUGCUGACUAUGUUAAUGUGAUGACAUAUGAUUUCUUUGGCGCUUGGGAUUCUAAAUGGGGAGCAUAUACGGGACCACCAGCUCCAUUGUAUUUUGGUAUGCCACCACGAUUUUCCGGCAAAACAAAUGUUGAUUGGACAAUAAAGUAUUAUGUUUGCAAGACGAAUGAACCACAUAAGAUCACUAUGGGUGUUCCAUUCUAUGGUCGAUACUGGAUAAAUGUUCCUAACGAACCAAUCGAUCCUAAUGAUGGUAUGUGGCAUAAAGCAAAUGCAGUUAAUGGUAAAUUCGAAGGUGGUUAUGCCCCAUGGAAUGAAAUCAAAUCAUCUUGGUUAACAAAUCCAGCCUAUAAACAACAGAAUCACGAAAAAUCGAAAUCAUCCUAUGCCUAUAACGCUCAAGAAGGCAUCUUCUUAGGUUUUGAGUCACCGGAAUCUUUAAAAGAUAAAGCAAAAUAUGCUGCUGACAAAAACGUUGGUGGAUUGAUGAUAUGGGCAAUCGAUCAAGAUGAUGACGAUUUAACCAUGAUGAAUAUUGUUGCCUCAGCUUCAUUAUGUCAAAAUACAGAUCCAAAAGCGACGUUCUAUAAGUGUUCACCAUUGAAAGGUGAAAAACGUUGGUGGACAUUGGAAGACAGUGAAGAAAAAGCAGGCAUGUGUGGUCGAUCAGCACCUUUGUAUAAAGGUUACUAUCCUGUUUGUGAUCCUGACGAUCCUGGCUAUAGUUGUUGUAGUCCUGAAGGUUUUUGUGGAUUUUCGGAUAAACAUUGUAAAAGUCCUGGUGUAAAUUACGGUGAAAAUCCUGAUCUCUUAGUUCAAGAACCAGUUCGUCCAACCAUCAAUCCCAUUCUUUGGUAUACACUUGAUGCGCCUGACGGUAAACGUGGCCGUUGUGGACGUAAUGUUCCUAAACUUGACAAUGGUGAGUAUCCAAUCUGUAAUCCUGAUGAUGCUAACGCUCAUUGUUGCUCAAAUGGCGGCUACUGCGGAACGGGUAAAGAAUUCUGCGAAUGUGAAGAAUGCGUCGAUUUCAAAGCCAAACCAACUUUUCGAUUCAAACCGAAACAGUGGAAUGACGAUGGAAAAUGUGGCAAAGACGCACCAAAAGUUAACGGUCAAAUGGCUAUUUGCAAUCCUGAUUCUAAAACAGCAUACUGCUGUUCAGCAUCGGGUUUUUGUGGUUCAGGCGCUGACUUUUGUGAUUGCAAAGGAUGUGUUAAUUACAAGAAAUAA